AAAAUAUAAAAAAGAAAAAAAAAUCUCUUCUUUCAUUUCUUCUGCCAGAAAACGCCAUCGCAUCUGAUAAUAUUCCCUUUCGAAAUUAGCGUUUGUUCUUUUUUUUUUUUCCUUUUUUGUUAUUAUCGGAUUGUUUCCUUUUCGGUUAAUAUUUUGUUUGAAAUUUUUUUGGUUCGAAUGGGGAAGCCGACGGGGAAGAAGAAGAUUCAAGAAGCAGCCCAGAAAGCGAUCGAGGCCAGCAGGCAAAACAAGGCCGCUGCCGAUCGAACGUCGAAAGCUUUCGAUGAAGACACGGCGAUCUUCAUCAACAUGUCUCAAGAGCUCAAAGAAGAAGGUAAUAAACUCUUCCAAAAACGCGACCAUGAAGGCGCGAUGUUGAAGUACGAAAAAGCUCUUAACCUCCUCCCUAGGAACCACAUCGAUGUCGCUUAUUUACGCAGCAACAUGGCUGCUUGUUAUAUGCAGAUGGGUCUCGGAGAGUACCCACGCGCCAUUAACGAAUGCAAUUUGGCUUUGGAGGUUUCACCUAAAUAUAGCAAAGCUUUGUUGAAAAGAGCUAGGUGUUAUGAAGCUUUGAAUAGAUUGGAUUUAGCUUAUAGGGAUGUUUAUAAUGUUUUAACUAUUGAGCCAAAUAAUUUGUCUGCUUUGGAGAUUUUAGAGAGUGUUAAGAAGGCUAUGGAUGAGAAGGGUGUUACUGUUAAUGAAAAUGAAAUUGGGUUGUUUAAUAAUGAGCCUUCCGGGGCUUCACGGUUGAGAAAAGUGGUGAAAGAGAAGUUGAGGAAGAAGAAAAACAAAGGGAAAAAAGUUGAGAAAGAUGUAAAGAGUGAUGAUAAGGUGAAGGAAGAGAAGAAGGCGGAGGAUAAGGUCGUUGUGGAGGAGAAGAAGGUUAGUAUUGUUAAGGAUGAAGAGAUUGUUAUGAAGACUAUUGAGGAAGAGAAGAAGGCUGUUAAGGAAGAAACAGUGAUUACAAAGACGGUGAAGUUGGUGUUUGGUGAGGAUAUUAGGUGGGCGCAGUUACCUGUCAAAUGUACUAUUAAAUUGGUGAGGGAUAUUGUUCGGGAUAGGUUUCCUGGGUUGAAGGGUAUUCUUGUGAAAUACAGGGAUCCAGAGGGUGAUUUGGUUACAAUCACUACAACAGAUGAACUUAUGUUGGCUGAAUCAUCUAGUGGAGUUUCAGGAGGAUCGCUUAGGUUCUAUAUAGUUGAAGUUAGUCCUGACCAGGAACCAGCUUAUGAAGGAGUAAGUAAAGACGGGGUCGUCAAGAGUGAAGAGAAAUUGAGUAAUGUUGUUGGGAAUGGUAAUGCAGAUCAUGGUGUAGAAGCUAUCCAGGGAACAUGCGUGGAGGAUUGGAUUGUCCAGUUUGCACGACUGUUCAAGAACCAUGUUGGGUUUGAUUCUGAUUCUUACUUGGAUCUUCAUGAACUUGGGAUGAAAUUAUACUCGGAAGCAAUGGAGGAUGCUGUCACGAGUGAAGAAGCACAGGAGCUUUUUGAAAUUGCUGCAGAUAAGUUCCAAGAGAUGGCUGCUUUGGCAUUAUUCAAUUGGGGAAAUGUUCACAUGUCCAGGGCAAGGAAGCAUGUGUUCUUUACAGAAGAUGGUUCAACAGAAUCUGUACUGGUGCAGAUUAAGACUGCAUAUGAGUGGGCACAGAAAGAAUAUGUAUUGGCAGCAAAGAGGUAUGAGGAAGCAUUGACAAUUAAACCUGAUUUUUAUGAAGGUCUUCUUGCAUUGGGGCAACAGCAGUUUGAGCAAGCAAAACUCUGUUGGUACCAUGCAAUUGGGAGCAAAAUUGAUCUAGAGACUGGGCCUUCCCAGGAAGUCCUGCAGCUUUAUAACAAGGCAGAGGACAGCAUGGAGAAGGGUAUGCAAAUGUGGGAGGAAAUGGAGGAGCGACGACUGAAUGGACUCUCCAAAUUUGAUAAGUAUAAGGCCCUUUUGCAGAAAAUGGGGUUAGAUGGGCUGUUUAAAGAUGUCUCUGCUGAAGAAGCUGCUGAGCAGGCUGCGAACAUGAGUUCACAGAUAUACCUGUUAUGGGGUACCUUGCUUUAUGAGCGUUCUGUUGUGGAGUACAAGCUUGGGUUGCCAACUUGGGAAGAAUGUUUGGAGGUUGCAGUUGAGAAAUUUGAACUUGCUGGAGCUUCUCCAACAGAUAUAGCUGUUAUGAUAAAGAACCACUGUUCCAACAACACUGCAUUGAAAGGGUUAGGAUUCAAAAUUGAUGAGAUCGUACAGGCAUGGAAUGAGAUGUAUGAUGUGAAAAGGUGGCAAAUUGGUGUUCCAUCAUUCCGGCUAGAACCAUUGUUCCGUCGCCGGGCUCCAAAGCUUCAUUCUGUCUUGGAGCAUCUUUAAGUUUUCUGCUGAUUGGGUAUUCUUUUGGGGCAUUAGACAAGUCCGUCAGUUUUGUUUAAUUCAUUUUCCAAGAUCAGUGUUUGUGUGCUACUAUGAUAGGUCUCUUUUUGUCUAUGGACUGUUCUGUCCGGCACGUUCGUUGCAUUCGGAAGCAAGGAGCAAAAGUUUGUCAAGAGUUAGUUUCCAUAUUGAAAGUGCAGUUUGUGAUUGGGCAUGUAGCCAGUUUGGUCAUUCAUUUUUUGUCAUUUUUUUGGGAGAUAUUUUUCACAGUUUGAGGAUAGUGGUAUAUGAUUUGAUUGGUUCAUUUCCAAAGGGUAAUAAUUGGUUGCAAGACCACCAUGUUUGUUAUUCAUGUAGGUCAUCGAUUUGUUGUACAUUUCUAUUCGUUUGCUCAGUUGUAGCUUGUAAUAUUCUGUGCUGUUCAUACAGUGUAAGAAUGUUUUCUUGGUAUUCAAGUUAGUAGCAUUCUUGAUACUUUGUUUUUCAUGUGUUAUAUUUCAGAGUGGAAUUCAGUGAAAUUUGGAAUUUGAUUUUA